AUACAUAUACAUUUUCUUGUCUUCUCUCUUCUUUAAUUCCCAGCCCUUCAACUCAGAAAACAAAAGCUCUCAAACCCAUUUCAAUUAUACACACAACUUUAUAUAUACAUAGCUCACAUUUCAUCAUCUAAAUCUACACUUCUUGAAUUGUUUUCUGAAAGAUCAAAUCUUUAAGCCCUUCACUUCAUUUUUCACUGCUUAUUCUACAGAUUCUUGAUAUAUUUUAAAUAAGACUAGAGAUCAUCGAAGUUGUAGAUCUUUUGCUUAGUUGAGCGGUGAGAUUUAGGAAAAAGAUCCCUCUUUUUUGUCAAAUAUUACUAUAAUAUAUCUGGGUUUUUUUUAUAUGUGUGUGUAGUUUUGGUUUUAGAAAAAACCCAUUUCUUGAUCUGUAGAGAUUUGAUUAUUAUCAUCUGGGCUGGUGUUGUUUUGAGCUUAGUGAUCUGAAAUCUUGCUCUCUUGGAGUUCUUGAUUAGUGUCUUGGUGGAGAUUUAUGCUUUGUUAGAGAUAUGCAGCCUGGUCAGAGUAAAAAGGGAUCUGCAGAUGUAGAUUUUUUCACAGAAUAUGGAGAGGGGAACAGGUACAAGAUAGAAGAAGUAAUUGGUAAAGGGAGCUAUGGUGUUGUUUGCUCUGCAUAUGAUACCCAUCUUGGGGAGAAAGUCGCCAUCAAAAAAAUUAAUGAUAUAUUCGAACAUGUUUCCGAUGCCACUCGCAUUCUUCGUGAGAUUAAGCUACUUAGACUCCUACGGCAUCCGGACAUAGUCGAAAUAAAACACAUCUUAUUGCCUCCUUCUAGAAGGGAAUUUAGAGACAUUUAUGUAGUUUUUGAACUAAUGGAAUCCGAUUUACAUCAAGUAAUUAAAGCAAAUGAUGAUCUGACUCCGGAGCAUUAUCAGUUCUUCCUUUAUCAGCUGCUUCGAGGCCUGAAGUACAUACAUACAGCAAAUGUGUUUCAUCGGGAUCUGAAGCCUAAAAACAUCUUGGCAAAUGCUGAUUGCAAAUUAAAGAUCUGUGACUUUGGACUUGCACGAGUAGCUUUCAAUGAUACCCCUACUGCCAUAUUUUGGACAGAUUAUGUUGCAACAAGAUGGUACAGAGCUCCUGAAUUGUGUGGAUCCUUCUUCUCUAAGUAUACACCCGCAAUAGACAUUUGGAGCAUUGGCUGCAUCUUUGCCGAACUUUUGACUGGAAAACCCCUCUUUCCAGGGAAAAAUGUUGUCCAUCAGUUGGACAUCAUGACUGAUUUUCUUGGGACUCCUUCUCCUGAAGCCAUAGCUAGGAUAAGAAACGAGAAAGCAAGGAGAUAUUUGAGCAGCAUGAGGAGGAAGAGGCCUGUUCCUUUUUCCCAAAAGUUCCCUAAUGCGGAUCCCCUGGCACUUCGUUUGUUAGAAAGGAUGCUUGCUUUUGAACCCAAAGAUAGACCUUCAGCUGAAGAGGCUCUUUCAGAUCCAUACUUCAAAAACUUAGCCAAGGUUGAGAGAGAACCUGCUGCUCAACCAGUUACAAAAAUGGAAUUUGAAUUCGAAAGGAGGAGGAUAACCAAGGAAGAUGUGCGGGAACUAAUAUACCGGGAGAUUCUUGAAUAUCAUCCAAAGAUGUUGAAGGAGUUCUUGGAGGGUUCAGAGCCUACUGGCUUCAUGUAUCCAAGUGCUGUUGACCAAUUUAAGAAGCAAUUUGCUUAUCUUGAGGAGCAUUAUGGAAAGGGUGGUACUGUUGCGCCACCUGAAAGGCAGCAUGCUUCAUUACCUAGGCAGCGGAUGCUAUAUUCAAAUGAUACAGCGCAUGGUGUUGCUGAAGUGACGAAUGAUCUUACUAAAUGUUGCAUCAAAGAUGGCGAGAGGUCGCAUACGGACAAGACUUCUGGCAUCCCAGUAACAAGACCACCAAUUCAAGUGCCUCAAAAUAUUCAAGCAGGAGCUGCUGCAAGGCCUGGGAAAGUUGUGGGUUCUGUCUUGCGGUACAACAAUUGCGGAGCUGCAGCUGCAGCCACAGAGUCUCUUGAACAUCGACGAAGCGUUAGGAGUCCUGCUGUUCCAGCACAAUAUGCUGUUCCUAGCUCUUCUUACCCUAGAAGGAACCCAGGUUGCAAAAACGAAAAGGUGGAGGAUACGAUUGAAGGAUCCAACGGUCUGCAGCCAAAACCUGCAUUCACAGCAACAAGAAAAGUGGCUGCUGCUCAAGGUGUUCCUGGAAAUCAGUGGUAUUGAUAAUAGCGGGUCUUCUCAUCAUGGUGUUCAGUUCACAUUGCAACUCUUUCGGUGAGAUUGAGCUUCAACUGAUAAUUCAGUUGCUGUAAAAUGACACCUGGAAAGUUACAAUACCCUGGCCAAGAGAAGCAAGUGAAUUGUUUGAUCAGAUAAUGUCUCUUGGUAGCAGCAGUUGGUCUAUGCGCUGAUAUAGACGGACAACAGGUCUAAUAUUAUAUGGACGAAAAUGAUAACGUUAAAACUAGGAAAAGACGUAAUAUUUCAACACUUUGUGUUAGCUUCACAUUAUUUGGCAGGAUUGAAGCGGACUGUAGUACUUUGCCAUAACAUAGAACUAGUUCGAGUAAUCUGUUGGAGGUCGUUCUGUGCCUCGAAUCGGUGAUCCCAGCCGAACAUUUGUUGCUUCCUUAUGGUGUUUGGACACUUCGUUAACUAGCAAAUGGUAGCUUCUAGCUUGUGUAAGAUAUUAUUGCAAUGUGUUUCAAACUACUAGUAUCAUUUAUAAAAUAACUUGUUUCUUUGAA